GUUAAGACCGGUUUUGACUACAGUUGGACCACGAGUUCGGAAGGAAAUAUUUCUAAGCAGUUGGGUCAAGAGUUCUUCCAAAGGUUCAACUUAUCUGGAAAAAUGGCACAGCAAAAGGUUGAGCCAGUAGCCAGAUUCAAACUCGUUCUUGUUGGCGAUGGUGGUACUGGAAAGACAACGUUUGUCAAACGCCACUUGACUGGAGAAUUUGAAAAAAAAUACGUCGCAACUCUAGGAGUUGAGGUACAUCCACUGGUGUUCUACACAAACCGAGGGGCUAUUCAGUUUAACUGCUGGGAUACUGCUGGGCAGGAAAAGUUUGGCGGUCUGCGUGAUGGUUACUACAUCCAGGGCCAGUGUGCAAUCAUCAUGUUUGAUGUAACAUCACGAGUGACUUACAAGAAUGUGCCAAACUGGCAUAGAGAUCUUGUUAGAGUGUGUGAAAACAUCCCUAUUGUGCUUUGUGGAAACAAAGUUGAUAUCAAAGAUCGUAAAGUCAAGGCCAAGUCAAUAACAUUUCACAGAAAGAAGAACUUACAGUACUAUGACAUAAGUGCCAAAAGUAACUACAACUUUGAGAAGCCAUUCUUGUGGUUAGCAAGAAAACUUGUUGGUGAUCCAAAUUUAGAGUUUGUAGAGAUGCCAGCUCUGGAGCCACCAGAGGUCCAGGUUGAUCAACAACUAAUGCAACACUACGAGCAGGAGCUUGCUGAUGCCCAACAAACAGCUCUCCCAGAAGAAGAUGAUAAUGAUAUAUAAUCUUUUACUGAAUAUUCUUCUGGGAAUGUGUUCUCAUGUCUUUUCUCGUGUUUUCUUAUCAACUUCUGCCUCAGUCUACCUGAUGUAAUUUCUCCUUUUGUAAAUUUUUUCAAUUUGUUCACUAGAUUCAGGGUGCAGUCAGAAAGAUGGGACUAAAUGACACUUAAGUAGAUAGCAAAAACUUGAGAGAUUCCCAGUUUCAUUUCAUAGAAUAGCUCAAAAGGUUAUAGCUUAAGUUUGUCAAUUCAGCUGAGAUAUAUGUAAAAGGCUUCUUGCAGUUCAAAGGGUCUAGUUUGGGGGGGAAAUUCAAAAUACCCUAUUGCUUCAGAUCUUUUAGUUAAGUUGUCACCGUUGGUGCUUUCGUUACAUAAUACUCUUGUGAAACAAAUAUUCAUUUUGUGUACUCUCUUUCACAGUUGAGUAUUUAGUUAGCUAGAAACAAGGAGGAAAAUGGAUGGAGGGAGGCCUGUUGCAGAUAACUCACCGUUAAUAUAAAACAGAGAUUAUUUAUGUAACUAUGUUAAAAAUAUCUCAAGAACUUUUUUUAUCUUGUGUUGCUUUAAUAGUUACAUGAAGACAUGUCCAAAUAACUCAUAGCUGUCAACAAUAAAAGUUGAGAGAAAGAUGUA